GUAUUUUCUGGUAAUAUUCUCAACAUCAAAAUACUCUCGCGGUAACAAAAAUUUCGGUAGAAAUAGCUGAAAGCCCUGCGAAAACAACAUGGCGCCCCAAAAUCAACUUGGGAAGCGUGUUAAGCUCACGCAAGUCCGUCGGCCUUUUAUCGUUGGGAGCACAGCGAAGCCUUUCUCCGACACGAACCCGCGACCAGCAGGUGUCCCUGACACUCAUACGCAUUCAUGGCAGGUUUUCGUCAAAGGUCUCGACGAUACCGAUAUUACCUACUGGCUGCGUCGGGUUCAGUUCAAACUUCAUGAGUCUAUCCCUAAUUAUGUACGAAUGGUUGAAGGCGAACCCGGAAAACCCUUUGUAGUCGAAGAGACAGGCUGGGGUGAGUUUGACAUAACGAUCAAACUCUACUAUGUCAACGACUCGGGGGAAAAGCCCCAGACACUAUACCAUUAUCUCCGUUUACAUCCCUACGGCCGGAACGAAGAAGAGAAGCAAGCUAUGAUCGCUUCGAAUGGCGAGAUCCGCGCAUGGAGCUACGAAGAACAGCUCUUCAACGAACCCUACGAAGUCUUCUAUAACCUCCUCACCCAAGGCGCCGUACCUAAGGGAUGGAAGCCGAGCGGUGGCAAGGGCAAAGGGAAGACGCGCGCGCCGCCGCCUUUCCCCACUGACAGCAACGAGGUUUGGGAGCAUUCGGCGAUGAUACCAGCGCACAACCGACCAGGCCAGCCUUUCAGUCUAGAAACGGAGGCGGCCGAGAUACGCAAGCUAGCAGAUGCGCAGACACAAGCUGAGGAUAUGGCCAAAAGGAUACUUGCUGAGCUCAAAGCCAAAGAAGAACUACUUGCGAAAUUAAAGGGCGAGAAUCAGGCUGCUGCUGCCGCAGCCAAGUCAUAGAAUGAUGGCCGAGUCACGCACAAGAAAUCAAGACGGAAGAGAAUCAAGUCUCGCAAGCAGAGCGAAAGCGAACAGUACAGCUAAGACGAGGCUUCCAGUACCACACAUUACACCAGGCAUCUGGGUACGAAGAACCUGUGUGUGGCUUCGGGACGAGGCUGGCCAUCAUGUAAGCAUGUCCAUGAGAUGCCACGUCAUAUGUGAAGCAGUCAGCUCUUCAGGGGUCUCAAGCAGACUGCAGCAGGCUCGCCUGAGUGCGCUCGAGAGCGCGGUGUAGCCAUGUCUGGGGAUCAAGCUAAGAACGCAUAAUAGAGAGGUUGGUGCUCAGAUAAGACAGCCCUUUACUCGCCACGAAGCGUAUUGAUACCUAUUUGAUUAUAAGCACAUCUUCUAUCGCACAUUCUAGUUCAAUCAAAUCAUUA